GUUGACCGCGAGCAGCGAGCACGGGAGAAACGACGUGUCACUGUUGCCGCGGGAGACGACCAGACGGCGGAAGCAGCGCAGACAAAGAUGGACAGUGUGCUCGACCCUUUCUCCGCACUUGACUCGUUCUCCUCCCCUCCUUAUUUCGACGAUGACGACUUUUUCACCGACCAUUCCUCGAGGGACGGACACUUGGACACCGAUGACUUUCUGGACGACGACGUCGACUUCCUCGCCAGCCACUUCCAAGACUACUACGGCAAAGACGGCGGCGGCAGAGCAGCGCCCCACGACGCAGACUACGACAUCGGCGACCUGUCCUUCUCCUCCUCCUCCUCCACCUUCUCGUACGGCGGCGCCGACAGCAGCCCGGGCACGUCGCCGCACGCGGGCCACCGCGGCGGCGGGUCUCUGCUGAAGCGCAGGAGGCGGAUGCGGUCGGACAGGGAGAUGCUGCAGCUGAGGCAGGCGGCCAACGUCCGGGAGCGGCGGAGGAUGCAGUCCAUCAACGACGCGUUCGAGGGCCUCCGCUCGCACAUCCCCACCCUGCCCUACGAGAAGAGACUCUCCAAGGUCGACACCCUGCGGCUCGCCAUCGGCUACAUCAACUUCCUCGCCGAGCUCGUGCAGUCUGAUCUGCCAAUUAGAAACUCCAGCAGCGAGAUGCACGUGCAGCCCAAGAAGGUCAUCAUCUGCCACAGAGGAACAAGGUCUCCAUCCCCAAGCGACCCGGACUACGGUCUGCCGCCGCUGGCCGGUCAUUCUCUGUCCUGGUCGGAUGAAAAACAACUCCGGGAGCAGAACAUCAUCCGUACCGCCAAGGUCUGGACCCCGGAGGACCCGAGGAAACUGCACAACAAGCCGGGCUUCAUGGAUAUUGAAAACGAGCCUCCUCUCGGCCUCGUAGCCUAGACAGGCACCCCAGCCCCUCGGACUUGUAAAACACUGUAAAUGUGAAGACCAACGUGGAUUAUGUUAAUGUAUGUGCACUUCACGGCGCAUUGUUAAAACAUGUGGACACUAUGUGAGCCCACUGUACAGUUUCCAAUAUUGUAUUCAGUGUUGUAAAUAUUUUAUUUUUUUAUCAUGUUGAUAAUUUCAUUUUCUCAGGCAUCAGGCAAUCAUGUAUUUAUUUUUUUCACAAGUGGUAAUAUAUGUCUUAACUUAAUUGCAAUGGAUUUAAAAUACUUUUAUAAUAUUGUACGGUGAUUUAUAUUUAUAUACAAUCUGCAAAUAAAAGCAC